AAACGUCUCCAUAUGAAUAAUGUAACCAGAAACAGGACAUCAAUGCCAUGGUUUUCCAAUGUCCUAGUAAUAAUAAGAAGAAGAAGAAGAAGAAGAAGAAGAAGAAGAGAGCUAUCAACCCUAAUUUCUCAUAUCCUUCCCCAAUGGCUCCUCACUCCCAAAACCAACUCAACAGCACCACCACCACCCAUCCUCCCCUCCAACCACUCCCACGGCCUCCUCUCCCUCCUCCUCUACCACCAACCCAAACGCCACCCUUCACUCCAAGUCCACGCCCAGCUCCUCACCACUGCUCUCCACCACGCUGCCGUUCUUCUAUGGAACACUCUCCUCCGCCACUACUCCCUCGGCCCUUCUCCUCAAGAAGCCAUCCACCUCUACAACCAAAUGCAGCACCUUCUCAUCACCACCAACUCCUUCACCUUCUCCUUCCUCCUCAAAGCCUGCGCCAAUUUGUCCUCACUACGGCAAGGAUCUCAGCUCCACGGUCUCGUCGUCAAACGGGGAUUUGAGUCCAAUGUUUAUGUGCAUACUUCGUUGCUUGAUAUGUAUGUUUGUUGCCGGGCUUUGGUGGAUGCACGGAAGGUGUUCGACGAAAUGCCUGAGAGAAAUGCCGUGACUUGGAACGUUAUCAUCACUGGCAUGGCUCGACACGGGGAGAUCAGCAUGGCUUGGGCGUUAUUCCAGCAGAUGCCUGAGAGGAAUGCUAUAGCUUGGACGGGAAUGAUAGAUGGAUACACGAGAGCUCGGAGACCAGUUGAGGCUUUGAGUCUGCUUGUUCAAAUGCUGGCUGAAGGUGUAUCGCCCACCGAGGUGACGAUACUUGCUGUUGUUCCGGCCAUUUCCACUGUUGGAGCUCUUGGUUUCGGUGAAUCAAUGCAUGCUUUUUGUGAUAAAAAUGGCAUUGGAUUGCUUGAUGUUAGAGUGGAGAAUUCUUUCAUAGACAUGUAUGCGAAAUGUGGAUCGAUUGACAGCUCAAUGAAGGUGUUUGAGAGAAUGUCUUGGAGGAGAAACUUAGUGUCAUGGACUUCGGUUAUAUCGGCAUUUGCCAUGCAUGGCAUGGCGAGCGAGGCUGUAGGAUUGUUGAAGGAGAUGAAGCAAGACAAUGUCCGGCCGAAUAGAGUGACAUUCUUGAGUGUGUUGAAUGCAUGUAGCCAUGGAGGUUUGGUGGAGGAAGGGAUGAGGUUUUUCUCGAGCAUGGUGUAUGAGUAUGGGAUUGAGCCGGAGAUCAAGCACUUUGGUUGUAUGAUCGACAUGCUUGGAAGGGCAGGGAGGCUGUGGGAGGCGGAGAAGUUAAUCGGGGAUUUGCCAGGAGAGGUGAAUGUGAUAGUGUGGAGGACAUUGCUGGGGUGUUGUAGCAAACAUGGAGAUGUGGAGAUGGGUGAAAGAGUGAUGAGAAGGAUUCUAGAGAUGGAGAAGGGGUAUGGAGGAGACUAUGUUAUCUUGUCUAAUAUGCUCAGUGAGGCUGGAAGGUUUGGAGAUGCUGAGGGAAUUAGGAGGUUGAUGGAUGAAAGACAUGCGCUCAAAGUCCCUGGGCUCAGUUUAGUUGCUGGGAAAGACUAGAAGAAGGGCCUAAUGGAUAACAAAUUUGGCACACACGGACUUGACGUAAUUAUUGCAAUUGGUUCAAAGGCUAUUAUCAAUCAAAUUCAAGAUAUUUGCUCAGAUGGCCAACAUAACCAUGUAAAAAGUGUUGCCAUACCUCUGCUGCUCUGAACAUGCCAAGGUGGUUGAUCUAAGUGUGCACCAAUCUUUCUUAAUAUUAUCAUCAUUAUUUACUUGAAAGCUAUUCGAAGUAAAUUCAAAACCUCACAUCUUCUCCCAGUCACUGUGCAAUUUGAUCUUUUUUUUUUUGACAAAAAUAUAAACAAAGCCAAUGCAAAAUAUGAGAAUAUAUAUGCAUUUGAGAGUUCGUCACCUAUAUUUGGAACCUUCUUUCAAGUACCAAUGCUUUCUACCUAG